AUGCAUCUGACCUAUCAGAAGCUGUCCACUCAACUGAGGCAGCGCCCACGACUUCGGCGUCUGGCGGCAGCUCUGCUAACAGCAUAUGCCGUCAAAAAACUAUUGCCGUACGUCUGGCGGCGGGCACAGGGUGGGGCUAAGCUAUCUGUGGGCGUGAGCAGUGAGUCCACUGCCACAAAUGUGGACAAACUAAAAGGAAGCGAAAACAGGUCUCCAUCAGUGAACAAAGAGUUCAUUGUGCGACUCGCUGGACUGUUGAAGUUGUUGUUUCCACGUUUACUGUGUCCUGAGGUGGCUGUGCUCGUCCUGCACUCACUCACGCUCAUGUCCCGAACCUUCUUGUCCAUCUAUGUCGCCACGUUGGAUGGCAUGAUUGUCAAGUGUAUUGUGAAAAAGGACCCUCGCGCCUUCUUAAUGCAACUCCUCAAGUGGCUCCUGGUGGCUGUACCUGCCACUUUCAUUAACAGUGCCAUCAGGUUCCUGGAAGGGCAACUGACCCUUCACUUCCGGAGCCGGCUGGUUGCCCACUCUUACCAGCUCUAUUUCAGUGACCAGACGUAUUACCGAGUCAGCAACAUGGACGGCCGCCUGUCAAACCCGGACCAGUCUCUGACGGAGGACAUUGUCAUGUUCUCCGCCUCGGUGGCUCACCUCUACUCCAACCUGACCAAGCCCAUCCUGGAUGUGGCCGUCACUUGCUACACACUGUUUCGCACUGCCCAUUCCAAAGGGGCCAACACCACUUGGCCCUCGGUCAUUGCCGGCCUGGUGGUGGCACUCACGGCCAAAGUGCUCCGCUCCUGUUCCCCGCGCUUUGGAAAGCUAGUGGCUGAGGAAGCACGGCGCAAAGGCGACCUGAGGCACAUGCACUCGCGCAUCAUCGCCAAUUCCGAAGAGAUCGCCUUCUACGGUGGACACCAGGUGGAGAUGGCGCAGCUGCAAAGGAGCUACAAGUCAUUGUCCAAUCAGAUCAACCAGAUCCUGGUCAAGCGUUUGUGGUACGUCAUGUUGGAGCAGUUUCUCAUGAAGUACGUGUGGAGUGCCUCGGGCCUCGUCAUGGUUGCAGUACCCAUCAUCACUGCCACUGGGUACUCUGAACAUGACUCUGAUGAGGUAAAGCAAGCGGCCAUGGUGAUGAAGGAGGAGGAGCUUGUGAGUGAGAGAACGCAAGCCUUCACCACAGCCAGAAACCUCCUCAACGCCGGGGCUGACGCCGUUGAAAGGAUCAUGUGCUCCUACAAGGAGGUCACAGAGCUAGCUGGCUACACUGCUCGGGUCUCGGAGAUGUUUGAUGUCUUUGAGGACGUCAGGAAGGGGAUCUACCGGCGCUCCUCAGACAGAGAGCAGGGCCUGCCAACAGGGGAAGCAGUGGUGCAGCACGGCCAAAGAGUCUAUGGCCAUCUUGAGAUGCGAGGUCAGGUUGUCGGUGUGGAGAAGGGUAUUCGUUGUGAGAGCCUGCCGAUCAUCACGCCGACAGGCGAUGUAGUCGUGUCCAGCCUUGACAUCCAGGUGGACGACGGCAUGGACGUGUUAAUCACGGGACCUAACGGAUGUGGCAAAAGUUCUUUGUUUAGGAUCCUCAGCGGACUUUGGCCCGUUUACGGAGGUGUUCUUUCGCGACCAGAGCCACAGCAUAUGUUCUACAUCCCGCAGAGACCCUACAUGUCCGAGGGGACACUUAGGGAUCAGGUGAUCUAUCCAGACACUGUAGAGCAGAUGAUCGACAAAGGAAUGACAGACUCUUACUUGGAGGGGAUCCUUUGCACCGUGCAUCUUCUUUACAUCUUGGAGAGGGAGGGAGGUUGGGAGUCUGUCAACGACUGGAAGGACGUCCUGUCAGGAGGAGAGAAGCAGCGUAUGGGAAUGGCUCGUAUGUUCUACCACAAGCCCAGCUAUGCUCUGCUGGACGAGUGCACCAGCGCCGUGAGUAUUGACGUGGAGGGAAGCAUCUUUCUGGCUGCAAAGGAGGCUGGCAUAUCCCUGCUCUCAAUCACGCAUAGACCCUCCCUCAUGAAGUACCACUCUCACAUCCUGCAGUUUGACGGCGAAGGCGGUUGGCGAUUCGAGCGACUGGACGAGAACACUCGUCUAUCUCUGCAGGAAGAGAAGCAGCGUCUGGAGCGUCAGCUGUCUGGAAUCCCCAAGAUGCAGCAACGUUUCUCUGAGCUCUGUGCCCUGCUGGGGGAGGGGCACGGGGAGGCGCCCCCCGACCGUCACACGAGGGAUGAGGGUUGA